AUGGAAUUUUUCUUUGCGUUUAAGCAGUCGGCCAAGUCAAUCCAGGAUGACGAAGAUGGCCACCUGAUCUACCGCAUCGGCGACACGCUCAAUGCUCGCUAUACGCUUCUAGCCACACUGGGAGAGGGAACCUUCGGGAAAGUCGUGAAAGUGCAAGACACGCACAAGGAUCGAACGCUUGCUGUGAAAAUCAUAAAGAACGUGUCGAAAUACCGGGAGGCUGCCAGACUCGAGAUCAAUGUUCUUGAGACGUUGCGUCGUAGGGACCCGGAUGAUAGACACUUGUGCGUCAGACUGCUACAUUGGUUCGACUACCACGGGCAUAUGUGUUUGGCAUUCGAGAUGCUGGGUUUGUCGGUUUUCGAUUUCUUGAAAGAGAACCAAUUCUACCCAUACUCGAUGGAGCAAGUUCGCCACAUUGCGUAUCAGUUGUGCUUCGCCGUCAAAUUUCUCCAUGACAACCGGCUUACGCAUACGGAUCUCAAGCCAGAGAACAUCCUUUUUGUUUCUUCGGAGUAUCAAACCGUUUAUCAAUCAAAGAGGCGGGAAGUGAAACGCGUGAUCGAUUCAGAUAUUCGCCUCAUCGAUUUCGGAAGUGCUACGUUCGAUGACGAGCAUCACUCGACGAUAGUUUCCACCCGUCAUUACCGAGCCCCAGAAGUUAUCCUUGAACUGGGGUGGAGUCAACCGUGCGACGUUUGGAGCAUCGGGUGCAUAGUAUUCGAACUUUACUUGGGAAUCACUCUCUUCCAAACCCAUGACAAUCGGGAGCAUUUGGCCAUGAUGGAACGCAUUCUUGGCCCGAUACCUUACAGAAUGUCAAAACAAUCCAAGACGAAAUAUUUCACGCGUGGGAAGCUCGAGUGGGACGAGCGAACAGCAGGAGGACGAUUCGUACGAGAAAACUGCAAACCUUUGAAGUCAUACAAACUGGAGGAAGAUGAGGAUUCAUCUCAUCUCUUCGACCUCAUAGAGAGAAUGCUCGAUUAUGAACCACACAAGCGGAUGACAUUACGAGAGGUGAGAAGUUCAUCUCGUGAUUUUCUUCUCUCAAAGAAUAUUGCUAUCAAUACUGACGGAGAUGCUCUCGUACAUCCGUUUUUCGACAAAAUCCCGCAAAAGAAACGACUGUUUGACAAGAGUGAAAUGGAGGCUGAAGUCGCAAAGAUGACACAACCGCAUCCCGGCUCUGGGAACGGCGCUUCCCUGCUGGACCAGCGCGAGACGAGGUCGCAUUCGUUGUCGCGGUAA